UACAUUCUAUUUUUGAUCUGGUUUUCAGCUUAAAAUCUGUACUUAAGUUUAUUUUACCAUCAAGUUUCUAUGAAUGAAUGAAUGAAAUAUUUAAAAUAACAAUUCAUUAUAAUACAAGAAUGCAGUCACUGAUACCAGGCCCAGGUGGGGGAGGAGGAGUAGGAAAUGUACUCCUUCGAAUGAUGCGUCAAGAGGGUUUGUUAAGGCCAUUUCGAGGCAUGGGAGCAAUGGUUGCCGGAGCUGGACCAGCACAUGCUUUAUAUUUUUCUUGCUAUGAAUUUUUGAAAGAUAAAUUUAUGAGCUCAAAGCCACACUCACAAUUUAAUCAUUUGGUCUAUGGUGCAGCUGGCUGUGUGUCAACGAUCCUUCAUGAUGGUGUUAUGAAUCCAGCAGAAGUGAUUAAACAACGGUUGCAAAUGUAUAAUUCUCCUUAUAGAAAUGUUAUCAGCUGCAUAAAACUUAUAUAUAAACGAGAAGGUGUAUAUGCGUUUUACAGAAGUUACACAACUCAGCUUGCUAUGAAUGUGCCUUUCCAAAGCAUUCAUUUUAUUGCUUACGAAUUUGUACAAUCUAUGACAAAUCCAGAUCAUUCUUAUAGUCCGCAAGCACAUAUGAUUUCUGGUGCUUUGGCUGGAGCCAUAGCAGCUGGAUUGACGACACCAUUGGAUGUCUGUAAAACGUUAUUGAAUACACAACAGGAUGGUAUAAAAGCAAGAGGUAUGAUCGAUGCUGUUAAAAAAGUUUAUAGGUUGGGAGGUGUACGAGGAUUUUAUCGUGGGAUGAAUGCGCGUGUUCUUUAUCAAAUGCCAGCCACUGCUAUCUGUUGGACGUCAUACGAAUUUUUUAAGUAUAUAUUACGAAGCAAACAAGAAGAUGGACUUAGCAAAGAUAUGGAUGAAAAUUCUUUAAGUGGUAUAAAUCAAAAUCAACUUCCUACCUCCAGAAGUAGUACUUUCCAAGGAACAGGAUUAUACUUUCAAAAUAAUGCUCAUACAGGUGUAUUAAUAAAAGCAAGAAGUUAGGUAUGUUUUCAAAUGCAAAAACAACUGUUUAUAUUGAUAAACUGUUUAAAUAAGGCUAGAUGAGCCCAUUUUUAUAUAUUUCAAGAGUUUAUUAUUAGUAAAUAGUGUAUUAUGAAAUCACUUGUCAUCAAUGCAUUAUGUGUUUAUUAUUAUCAAUAAGGACUGAAAACUGACAUAUAAAAUAUUACUAAGUCAAAGUGGACAGGCUCUGCUAAAAGAUAAAUGAUAUUAGCGAUCUUUAUUAACUUGUAUUAACACAGACAAACAAAUUAUUCAUUAUUAUAUUAUAGCAAUUAUUAUUCAUUUCUAAGUUGAAUAGAUUAAAAAUCAUAACAAAUGACUGUCCUCAAAAGUUACAUUAUUUUUUUAUCUAAAGUGGAAACUUGAUUUGGCAUUACACUUUUAAAUUACUUUGAACAAUGCAUAAAAACUUAAUAAUAUUACAUUUUAUAACGAUAAAAUAUAUGAAAUGUCUUUAUAAAUAUUAUGUUUGUGGCUGCCAUAUUAUUUGUAUAAAGGAUUAAAAAAAGAGUUUUAUUUCUUCUAUUAUUCUUCUACUGUUCAUAUGGAGUAUCAAUUCUGAAUUUUAUAUUCUUAUCCAUCGAAUAAGUUAAAUUUUUCCUCUUAUAAUAUUAUUAUAAUUUAUAUAUUUUGUAAUAUAUAAUUUACCUCAUUAAUUUCAUUUGUUAUGUUUUGUUAUUUAUAAUUUAUUCAACAGUGAAUUGAUUCAAUUUAUCGUAGUGUUCGUUUCGGGAAAAAGUGUUGGCUGUUGUGUUAAAUUGAACCAUUUAGCUUAAAUUUCGUGAAAUAAGAAAUUAGAAGUAAAGUGCGUGUUUAGUAAAGAAAAAUCCCAUUUAUUAAUUUUUAGCAUAAAUGUUAGACUAUCGAGAAGCACAUACUCCACUUGAAUAGUUAAUUAAAGCAUACAUAUAAUGUAUAUGUAAGGUUGCAGCCUAUAUUGAAACAGUAAUAUAUAUAAACUUCAAUUUUAAGAAGAAAAGAAUGGAAUGCAUGCAAGGAAAUCAUGAAAAUACAUUGAUGCGUAUAAUGUUCAAAAUUUGGCAUAGAUAAGUAAAGUUAAGACGAUGUAACUUUACAUUACAAGUCUAGAGUUACAAGAAAGGUUUUCUUUUUUGGUAAAGAUAUUAUAAGAUAAUAUAAUACUUAAUUUUUAACCAGUGAUUAAAAAGAUUUUUUAAAGAGCAAAGCUGAUUGUAGUAAAAUUUGUAUUAGAAUGAACAUUUAACGGUCACAAUUAAAAGAUCUUGCAUUCAAAUUGUCAAUAAAAUGCUUUGCUACAUGAAAAUAUAGACCAAGUAGGAACGUUGUAAAUUGGUUAUUUUAUAGGCGAGUGUAGAUAAGAUAACAUUAAGUGUGUACAGCAUAAAAGGACAGUAUAGGAGCAGCGGAAUUGUUAGUUGUAUAGCAUUAUAUAUGUUUCGUCUUGAUUAUCCAAGUACAAAUUAUAUGAAAUGCUCCUUAGUCAGUUGUAAUAUAAAUCAAACAGUAUAUGCAUAUAAAUCCUGAAAUAUACCGCAAUAUUGCUUCCUAUGGCUGUGAUUACUGGG